GAUAUAAACGUAAAUGUGGUAUAAUAUGUAUACCUUAUUUAUGUUGUUACCUAUAAUACGACAUCCACAUUUCUUUCAUACUCUAUAUUCUAUAUUACAGAAUCUUGUGGCAUAUUGACAGUGUAUACGGCAAAAACAGGUUUUGUCAAAAUGGAACUUAGAUUACUGGAGAGGAUACAAAAACUUGGGUAUAAUGGUCAGCUAACAGAUCCUAGUAAAUUUAAAGAGGCUCUAAAACAAGGUCCAAAAUCAAUAGAAUUUACACAGCUUGUAGCAUGGUUUGCAGAUGAACUUGCAAUACUCAAUGAUAUGGAUGAAGCCAUCCAUGCAAUAGUGUCUCCAGAUGAUUCUAGUUCUUUCCUAUUAGAGUUAAGCUGUUUUCUUAAAGAAUUAGGAUGUAUGAAUAAGAGAUUAAUGACUGGUAAUGUUAAUACAAGACUAGCAACUGAACAGGAUAGAUGUAUCUUAUUAGAUUUUUUGGGAGCAGAACUGAAAACUUCCAGAUUAUUAGAAUUUAGGAAGCAUGAAAGUUCAAGUUCAAGUUCAAGUUCAACGGCAGCAAGUUCAAGUUCAACGGCUGCAAGUUCAAGUUCAAUGGCGGCAAGUUCAAGUUCAAUGGCUGCAAGUUCUAGUUCAACAGCUGCAAGUUCUAGUUCAACGGCUGCAAGUUCUAGUUCAACAGCUGCAAGUUCUAGUUCAACAGCUGCAAGUUCAAGUUCAACGAUUGUUGUUGAAGAGAGUGAUACAGCUAAAGAUCUUAAAGAUAUGUUAAUAGCUUUAAAUUUUGAGAGACCACCAGAUGAUAUCACUACUGAGAAGCUCUUUACAAGACUGCAUAACAAAUUGACUGAAGUGUUAAAAACAGCCCCUUCUGAAUUGGUAGGGCAACCAUUAAUUACUCAUGAAUUCUCAGAAGAAGACUGGAACGAUCUUGAACAUAUACAACAAGAGUUACAUGAUGAGUAUCGAAUGCGUCGUGAUAUGUUGCUCAAGAGGCUUGAUGUAACAGUGCAGUCUUUUCUAUGGUCAGAUAGAAUAAAACCUCAAGAAGCUGAAUUAAAUAGACAAUAUGAAGAAACUAGGAAACUUCUAACUGCAGAACCAGAUGUUACAUUUGCUGAUUUAUUAGCAGCGAGAGAUGAUAUUGCAUUAAUGGAGAAAACAAGCAAUGCAAGUGUUAGGAAAAAUACUCAAACUGAAAUUAAUAAAAUUAUUAUAGGAGAGGUACCAGAUAGAGGUGGAAGACCGUAUGAACAAGAACCUCCACCGCCUGAAAUGCCACCUUGGCAAAAAGAUCGAGUACCUGGACCUUCAACUUCUGGAGGUGGACGAGGAGGUAGAGGCGGCGGUCGUGGAGGUGGCAGCAAUUUUCAAACUUCUAAUUCUUAUAAUAGUGAUAAAAAUUCAUAUAGUGGUAAUGCUGGUUAUGGAGAUAGCAGUUACGCUUCUAAUAGUGGAUAUAGUGGACAAGGAAGAUAUGGAGAAAAACAAGGAGGGUAUGGAGGAGCACAAGGAAGCGGAUAUGGAGGAGGAAAAGGAAGUGGAUAUGGAGGAGGACAAGGAGGUGGAUAUGGAGGAGGGCAAGGAGGUGGAUAUGGGGGAGGGCAAGGAGGUGGAUAUGGAGGAGGACAAGGAAGUUAUAAAAGUGGUCAAGGAGGUAGUUAUAAAGGAGGUCAAGGAGGUGGUUAUAAAGGAGGUCAAGGUAGUGGUUAUAAAGGAAGUCAAGGAGGUAGUUAUGGAGGAGGAGGAGGGCAAGGAGGUAGUUAUGGGGGAGGAGGAGGCCAAGGAGGUAGUUAUGGAGGAGGAGGACAAAAAGGUGGAUAUGGCGGAGGACAAGGAGGUGGUUAUGGAGGUGGUGGGAAUAAUAGUUACAGUGGAGACAGCAGAGAUGGAGGAUAUAAAUCUGAAUAUAAAGGUGGACAACAGUAUCAAAGAGGAGGUAGUGGUAGAGGAAGAGGAGGUAGAGUUCAAGGAGGUUGGAAUCAAAGCGGCUCGAAUUCUGGAGCAGAUAAUUAUCAACGUGGAUAUAAUCGUGGAGGAGGCAAAGGAGGACGACAAUACUAAAAUAUUUUAUGUAAAUUAUUAUUCUUAUGAUCAUAAUCAUAAUAGUAAAAAAUAUUUGCAUCACAAAGUAUAAUAAUUAAUAUCAAUGAAUUUCUAUAUAACAUGUAAUGUUAUAUUAUAUAUCCGAAAUAUUAGUUCUAAAAUUAAAAAUAAAAUUAGAAACAUUGAUAUUAUUUUUAUAACAUAAAUUAUUUAAUUAGCGAAUUGUAAUAAUUGUUAUAUUCUACUCUAUAAUACUUUUCUGUGUUCUGAAUGUUAAUUUUGGCUAUGUACUUGCGUUUGAAUUUUGUAUAUAUGCAUCUUUUGUAUGAUGGGAAAUGUCAAGAGUGUUGAAAUUAAUCUGUAUAAUGUAAGAAUGCGAUACAAAAUUGAUUGAUUAAAUUAUUUAAUUGUAUAAAAUAA